CUCCACUCCUCCCGUCGAGCACUUGGCACUGCCAAUGGCGGCUCCCGCCCACACCCCUUCGAUGCGCGCAAGCCACCUUCUUUCCCCGUGAGAUCGACGCACCUCCCCCUCUCGUGCUUCAUUCCCGCUCGUCGUUCGUUUCUUCGGCCCCGAGCCGUCGCGCGGUCGCCUCCACAUCUCGUCGUGCUUUAAGGUCUUUGGCCUCCGCCGUUCUUGGACAGGGGCACACCACUGUCCACCGGUGCCCACUACGCGAAAUACGAGUCCCUCGUGCGGCUCCGUAGGGUGGAAGAGAUCCAUCAGGCGGUGAGUGGGAGGGGCGGCGUCCACACAACCGGAGGGGAGGGGGGCAAUGGCGGCCGUGGCAGGCCCACUCUGCACGUGGCUCGUCGCCGCGUGCUUAUCUGCGGCAUGCGACGCUGAAGAGCACAAGCAGAAGCAUUUCUGCGCAGGCGGAAGCCGCGCUGGGGGCGGUGUCAUGCUCGGCCAGCGCCGCCGCCUCGGCGCGCGGCGUCGCGGCUUGGCGCGCUCUGGAAUGACUAUGGCUGUUGCCUUACAAGCUGAAAGAAGUGUCAUUGAAAAGAAGAAACCCGAUAUCAAACAAAGGAGGGUGGUUGUCACUGGCAUGGGUGUAGUGACACCAUUGGGCCAUGAUCCUGACGUGUUUUACAACAAUCUUCUUGAUGGUGUUAGCGGAAUAAGUGAGAUUGAGAGGUUUGACUGUUCCAACUUCCCCACGAGAAUUGCAGGAGAGAUAAAAUCCUUCUCUACUGAUGGUUGGGUUGCACCUAAACUUGCAAAGCGGAUGGACAAGUUUAUGCUAUAUCUGAUAACUGCUGGAAAGAAGGCAUUAGAAAAUGGUGGACUCACUGAAGAACUAAGGAAUGAGUUGGACAAAACCAGGUGUGGGGUUCUUAUUGGUUCUGCAAUGGGUGGCAUGAAGGUUUUUAAUGAUGCAAUUGAAGCACUGAGGGUCUCUUACAAGAAAAUGAACCCAUUUUGUGUUCCUUUUGCAACUACGAAUAUGGGCUCUGCGAUCCUUGCAAUGGAUCUGGGAUGGAUGGGACCAAACUAUUCUAUUUCCACAGCUUGUGCUACCAGUAACUUCUGUAUCCUUAAUGCAGCAAACCACAUCAGAAGAGGCGAAGCUGACGUUAUGCUCUGCGGUGGUUCUGAUGCACCUCUUAUCCCAAUCGGAUUGGGAGGUUUUGUGGCAUGCAGAGCUCUUUCACAGAGGAACAGUGACCCAACAAAAGCUUCUCGGCCUUGGGACAUGGGACGUGAUGGUUUUGUUAUGGGGGAAGGGGCUGGUGUCCUCGUAUUGGAAGAACUUGAGCAUGCCAAGGAAAGAGGUGCAACAAUAUAUGCUGAAUUUCUUGGUGGAAGCUUCACAUGUGAUGCUUACCACAUGACUGAGCCACAUCCUGAAGGAAGAGGGAUUACUCUCUGCAUCGAAAAGGCACUAGCUGAUGCAGGGGUAGCAAGGGAAGAAAUCAACUACGUGAAUGCCCAUGCAACAUCUACACAAGCAGGUGACUUGAAGGAGUAUGAGGCUAUCGUGCGCUGUUUUCGCCAGAACCCUCAACUGAGGGUGAACUCGACCAAAUCAAUGACUGGGCAUCUUAUAGGAGCAGCUGGUGGAAUAGAAGCAGUUGCUUCUAUACAAGCUAUAAGAACUGGUUGGGUCCAUCCAAAUUUGAAUUUAGAAAAUCCAGAGGACACCGUGGACGUGGGCGUCUUGGUAGGGUCACAGAAGGAGAGAUGUGAAGUGAAGGUGGCGUUGUCCAACUCAUUCGGAUUCGGUGGGCACAACUCAUCGAUUCUCUUUGCCCCCUUUAAGUGAACAUGACCGAGGCGAAGAACCGACAUCUUCAUCAUCGCGCAAAUGGCUUCAUAUAUCUGGAACUCCACAUAGAAAUCUGGUGGAUUCUGCAACUUCCUCCGUGCCACACAUACUGCAUAUGGAGGUCCAAAGUGAGGGUACAAUACUAUGCCACACACAUUUGAGCGAACAAAACAUCAGCCCCCCUACAUGUUUCAUCUACUAUCACAAAGUUGCAAAAUAUAUAUGGUAACUAUCAAAGAACUUACCGUACCUGGGCCAGUGUUUUCGCCUUCACCAUACCUGCCCAUUGUCAGUACUAUUUCCUACAUUUGGUGUAGUCCCGUAGCUUAAUCCUCUUCCCUGCGGAGGUGAUGGGAUCUUAUGUUGUAUUGUUGUUGCCAACAGUAUCGUUAUUAGCCAUGAAUUGCUGGUUCCCACUGU